AUGUGGCAUCUGCUACUGUUCCUCGUCCUGGGAGCGACCCUCGCCCCAGGCACGCGACCUGAGCGCGUGAUAUACCUGGAGGUCUCCGAGAAUGCGCUGCCCGGCACCAGCGUAGGCUUCAUCGACAGCGAAUCCUUGCCGCUCUUCGUGAUAGUGCCGAUCCCCGGGACGUCGAUGGAGGCCGAUCUGGAAGUGAUCAAGGAGACGGGCGAGGUGAAGACGAAGGUCCCGCUGGAUCGCGAGCGCCAUCCGAUGUACAGCCUGUUGGUGCUGCCGCAGAGCAUACGAGUGGUCGUGAAUGUGCUCGACGAGAACGACAACGCGCCCACCUUCGCCGUCGAUCACGUGGACGUGGAGUUCCCGGAGAACUCGCCGCGCGACGCGAAACGGGCGCUACCGCCGGCGAAGGAUCCCGACAUCGGCGCGUACUCGACGCAGCGUUACGAGAUCAUGUCGGGCAAUCACGGCGACGUGUUCAGGCUGUCGCAGCAUCGCGGUCGCGACGGCGUCCUGUACCUCGACCUGCAGAACUCCGGCUCGCUGGACCGGGAAGCGCGCUCCAGCUAUCACCUGGUGAUCGAGGCGUUCGACGGUGGCACGCCGCCGCUUCGCGCUCUCCUGCGCGUCAACGUGACGGUGCAGGACGUGAACGACAAUCCUCCCACCUUCAACCAGACGAGGUACAUGGCGAGCGUGCCGGAGAACGCGACCGUCGGCACGCCGGUGCUGGCGGUGAACGCGAGCGACGCGGACGCCGGCGAGAACGGCCGCAUCGAGUACUCCAUCAAUCGCCGGCAGUCCGAUCGCGAGGAGAUGUUCCGCAUCGACUCGCAGACCGGUAUGGUUUACGUCAACAAGGCCCUCGACUUCGAGUCCAAGGAGCGGCACGAGCUGGUGAUCGUCGCCCGGGACUGCGGCGCCCAACCGUUGGAAGCGAGCGCCUUCCUUUCCGUUCACGUGACCGACGUGAACGACAAUCAACCGGCGAUCACCGUGAUCUUCCUGUCGGACGACGCGACUCCCAAGAUCAGCGAGAGCGCGCAACCCGGCGAGUUUGUCGCGCGGAUAUCCGUGAGCGACCCCGACUCCAGGACGGAGUACUCGAACGCGACGGUCACGCUGGCCGGCGGGGAGGGCCACUUUGGUCUGACCACGCGGGACAACAUCAUAUACCUGGUGGUGGUGGAGAGGCCGUUGGAUCGCGAGGAGAAACCCGUCUACGAACUGUCGGUAGAGGCGACGGACGCCGGCACGCCUCCUCUGAGGGCCGUGCGCACCUUCAGGCUGCUCGUCACCGACGUGAACGACAACGCGCCCAAGUUCGAGCAGGAGACGUACGAGGCGUACCUCCUGGAGGCGUCGGAACCCGGCAUGUCGGUGCUGAAAGUGACCGCGACCGAUCUCGACGAGGGCGCGAACUCGGCCAUCCGUUAUUCCCUUCUGAACACGACGUGGUUCGCGAUCAACGAGACUACCGGACUCAUCACCACGGUGAGCCACGUGGACUGCGAGGCCGACCCGGCGCCGGUCCUCGUGGUGGUCGCGACGGAUUCGGGACGGCCGCCGCUCAGCAGCAGCGCUACCGUGUGCGUCACGAUUCACGAUCUCAACGACAACGAGCCGAUCUUCGAGAAACCGCUCUACAACGCCACCGUGCCGGAGGACAUGCCCGUCGGACACUGCUUCCUCAAGGUAGGACUGCACAGUCUCUCGAAUAAUGCGCGCCGUGAAAAUGUGCGCACGGAUUUCGGCGACGUCACGUCGAAUCGCGUGACAGGUGAAUGGCGAUGGGACGCGAGUCAUCCGGAAUGA